AAAUAUUGAUUUAGGUCAAUGAUGUGUCGAAAAUAAUCCAAACUGUAAAUAGCUAGGUAAUUGUUGUGUCGAAAAUAAUCCAAAACGGACACUAAAUGUGUAAGAGUUGUGUCGAAAACAGUCCAAAAAAACAUAAAAUGGGUUGUCGAAAAUAAUACUUCUUGGCAAGAAUCGAAAACAUUCAGUUUAGAUUACUUUUGUAGAAAAUCGAAAACAUUCAGACUAAAAAAAUCGAAAAUAAUCAGCGACCUCCAGAAGGGCACACACCUGUAACAGAACCAAGACAAGCCUCCCGCGGCCUCAGAAGAUUUCCAAGGUCAAUUCCAACCCAUGCUGUAUUCCUCAGGUCACGUUACCGCUGUGGACCUAAUUUGGGAAAAAGAGAACAACGACCUUCAGGCAGCGUGCGGUCAGUCAGAUCCCCGGACACCUCGACACUCAGUUUGGCAUUUGGGAACCGCAAGAGUCGCCAUGUUGGACGCGUCUCAACUUCUGGACACGGCACUGACUUCGGCUUCGUCUUAGGCGGGAAUUAUCAUCAGGAAGGUCAGCAGGGACUGGAUGUACUACUCACAGAGGACAAAGGACGGGAAGCACGCGACAAGUUGCAGGCUAACCUCAUUGACCGAAGCAAGGACUGAGCUUGGCGGCCCCUGAACACAGCACUGGGCGGAAUGACACGUGGUUUCAGAGCAUCGCUUUGACCCUCCUCAUCACGCUGUGAUUUAGUGAGGCGCCUGCAGAGCUGACUGGUCAACACAGAACCCUGUAAUCUGUUUUCAUGAGGUAUCAGAGCAACCAAAAGAAACUGACAAUGAGUCGCAUGCAUCCAAAGCCAGAUGUCCAGAAGUUGCUCAAAUUCAUCAACAGUGGAAGCAUUGCAGGCCUCCAACAGUUUAACAUCUUAGUACCCACCAAGAAGAAAAUAAUGGCUGUGCUGGAGAAGAACCCACUAGGUAUUGCCCUUGAGAAGUUUAGUACUGCAUAUGAGGCUGAGUUUGGAGAGUGGCUGAACCCAUCUGUGUUUGGUUACUCUGACAUGGUGGAGAUGCUCAAUGCUUUGGAUGACAUUGUGGACAUGAAGCUCACUGAUUCCAAUGACCAAAUGUUGCUGUUUUCAAAAUCAGGGAAAAUUAAAGGUCCAGACAAUAAUGAAAAGAAUACAACUGUCACAGAGAUGAGGAAGGAGGUGAUUGACACUUUCCGUAUCAUCAUUAGCAGCCUGGGUGGCAUAAGUGUAGAUAUGCUCAUUCCAGAGUAUGAGUCAAGGACAAACCAAAAGCUGAAUCUUCAGAAGCUUGGGUUUGAUUCCUUUCCCCACUUACUCUCCCACCUCAGUGAGGUGUUCAAAACCUGCAAGAGGGAUGGACAAGUCUUCCUCUUGGAUCCUGCCACUCCAACUGUUGAUCUGUUACAGGAUUCCACAGAACACACAAAUACUCCAGCUGAAGGAAUGAGUAGAAGCUUUGAUGUUACAACAGCAAUGAAUCUAAGACAGUUGCUUGAGGAAGAGUUUCCUUGUGGACUGAAAUUAAAUGAGCUUUAUGCAGCAUAUGAGGGGUUUUAUGGCUCAGGUCUCAAGGAUUUGAACUAUGAAAAACAUGGCUUUGGUUCAUUUGAGGCUUUCCUUGGUGCCAACUCUGAUGUAGUGAGCCUCCACCAUCACCAGGGCACCAUGUGUGUGUUGCCCUGCCAGCCUCUCCAACAUCCCAAACCAGAACAGAUCAACUUGUCAUGUACAGGAAGUGUGGUUGGCCCUAAUGAAAGUUACUCCUUGGUGGAGAGACUUCCUUCUGGGAAGGUGCAGGUGAUAGUGGGCGAAGUGUACACACCUAAGAGGUUUUGGGUCAUGCACUACGGAGAACACCACUCAAAGCAGCUAGACAAGCUUAUGGAUGGGAUGCUGGAAUUUUACAGGAGUGCACUCGGGAAUCGUUACAGACUCCCUGAAAGACGAGUUACAAAUCAAAUGGUUGUUGCAGCAUUCUAUCCCCAUGAUCAGAACUUCUAUCGGGCCUUUGUCCUUUCAGUGGAAGACCUCACCACAGUCAAGCUUCUUUUUGUUGAUUAUGGCACAGUGUGGGUCAGCUGUUUGGAUCACCUGCGCCUCCUUCAUAAGAACUUCUUUGCAUUGCCUGCUCAAGCCAUCAAGUGUUCCCUGCAUGGUAUAUUGCCAGCAAAUGGAAAGAGGACAUGGGGCCACUCGUGUUCCAAGAGGUUCUUAGACUUGGUCCAGAACCAAAGGCUAGUAGCUGAAGUAGUAUCUGAAGAGAUGACAACAAUCAUCAAGCUGUGGGACACAUCCCAGGAAGAGGAUGUCAGCAUUGGAGAUCUGCUGGUGAGAGACAAUCUGGUUAGUUCUGCUUCUGGAUUCUUGGAUGACUCCAGUCACACUCAAGAGGCUGUAGCUUCCUCCUCCAUUCCUGCUUUGGAAAUAGACAGAGGGUCACAUAUUGAAUGUAGUAGUUGUUCCUUCGAUCCAGAAGAGGCAUCAUCACAGCCAAAGGGAGCUGGAGCCCAGAAUCCUUUGGCACAUGAAAGAGCUUCAGGUCAAGCAAAGAACUUGGAUGCACAAAGCAGCAACAACUCAACACCCAUCCGUGGAAACAAGUCAGAGGAAAGCCUUUCCCAUACCAGGAGUGCAGCAAGCACUUUUGAUGACUCCCUUCUUGAUUGCUCACAAAUAGGGAAAUGCAGCAGUGACCACAUGAAUGGGACAGCAGCAGGAGGCAGGCAGCCUUACUUGGCAUCAACUCCCAUGGAAAAGGAGAUAGUGACAGUGGGCUGUCCUCCAACACUCUCAAAUGAGAUAUUUGUUAGUGAUGAAGAAUUUCCUGAAGACAAUAGUGAAGAAGAUGGUCUCAGCCACAGCUACUUGAUUCAUCCUGUGGAGGUUUCUUUGAACAAGAAGAUUCACGUCAUACUCAUUGAUGGAAUUCAGUACAUGCUGAAUACAGAAUUCCCACACAUGGAAAACAAAGUGUACCAUCUUGGUAUAACACUCAGGAAGGAAAUCAAUCAGGAUAUUUACAGGUUUUUGAUUGAAAAUGAUUGUAACAUUUAUGAACCCAGUGGAGAAGUGAGAGCAAGUCUCAUUCUUUAUCCUCUCACCCACAUGGCAGCAGUUCUUGCCCAGGAUGGCUACAGCAUAGCCACACAUCUCCAUCAAGGCAUGGAUAUCCAGAAAUGGAGCCCUAAAUAUCAUUCCUCAGAAUUGUUAAAAAGAGGGAAUUAUGAGUUACACGCAUUUCCAAACACAAGCCACAGUAAGUCAAGCAUUGGAAGUACCAGCACCAAGAUCUACAAGCACGGGGCGCAGGUUAUGCCUCCACGCAGGCCAUGCACUAUCAAUAAGUUCAGCAUGUGGAGCCCAGUGACAAAAAUGGCACGGAAUACUCGCCACCAAUGAGAGUUGGGACAUGUUUGUAUUGUACAGUAUAACAUGAGCCUGUCCUUGCAACCAGCAUAACCUCGUUCUUUCUAGUGGUCUUGUUUUGACUAGUAAGGGAAAGUAAUUAAAUUAAAAAGAGUACAGUUUGGAGAAAAUAAGGUAUACUCUUAACAGUUUGCUUCACAUCACUGACCAAGCACAGUUUGGGGAUAGGUGCUGAGAUACAUUCCUUAUAGUUUACUAAAGAUGAUAAAUCUCAAGUUACUGAGAUUUCUUUUUUGUUUAUCAUAAUUAACCUGUGUAUUUUACAGACACUUUGUUUCAUUCAUAGAAUAAAAAUUUCUGAAGA